AUGCACUUUGAGCAGGGCUCAUUUGAAGAGGAAGAAGAAGGAUCAUUUAUAGAAAAACAAGGCGCAGUCAAUAACAAUCAAUUUGAUGAAGUCUACGACGUCGAAGGCAGUGAAGGAGAAGUUUCAAGCAGUCCAAGUGAGUCAGGCAGACGUGAAGGCCCUGAAGACAAUUCUUUUAACGACUCUGGCACUUCAAGCCCUCAGAACGGAAUGCCAAGCCAAAACCAAUACGGCCAAAACGGUCUCGAAAACAGUGAAUCCGACGAAGGCCAAGAAAUUCCUAUAAAAGGUGCUUAUAACCCAGCAGAUUACCAAGAUUUAGCAGUUUCAUCAGAAGUUAAAGAACUUUUCCAGUAUAUCCAAAGAUACAAACCUCAACAGAUUGAUUUGGCAACCAAGAUAAGACCGUUUGUGCCUGAAUAUAUCCCGUCAGUAGGAGAAGUAGAUGCAUUUUUAAAAAUCCCAAGACCUGACGGCGCCCAAGAAGACUUAGGCUUGGUAGUUUUGGAUGAGCCUAAGCUGAACCAAUCUGACCCAGUUAUUGUAGAGCAAAAAUAUUGAGCGAUUUUUAAACAGCCUAGAUUAGGAACUCCUGGAGGAGCUGCAGUCAGGUCUAUAGAAAAUGCUGAUAAAAAUCCUAGGAUGAUCAGCAAAUGGAUAAGCUCUAUUGCAGAUAUCCAUAGGACAAAACCACCUGCUACUUUUAAAUACUCUCAGAAUAUGCCAGAUAUUGACAGCUUAAUGGAUGUGUGGCAUCCUGACAUAGAAUAUGCAUUAGGCAGCAUUGAACUGCCAGGGCCUGAUAUUGAUAUGGAUCUUGGAAAAUACGUAGGAAUGGUCUGCUCACUUUUAGAUAUACCAGUCCAUAACUUGUCAAAUGGAAAAAGCUUGAUAGAAAGUUUGCAUGUUCUGUUUACAUUGUAUAGCAAUUUUAAAGCAAAUCAGCAUUUUAAGCAAAAUGCAGAGUUUGAAAAUAAUCAAAUGACUCUUGGAGCACCGAUUUAUUAG